UCUCAAUCAGCACUUUUCACGCCAAAUGUCCGAAAUUGAAGAGUCACACUUAGCCUCUACAAAUGAAGGAAUUACAAAAACGAGAGAAGACGACAUAAUAACAGGCAAUGUUGUAAAUCAAGGAAGUGAAAGUGAGAAAAAGGAAAAUUGUCCAUCUCUAGAUAAAGACGCAGCAUCGCCGUCUAAUUGUCCUCAUGAAAACACACACCAAGUCGAUGGAAUACCCGACAUUGAUCCAAGAGAAAAGGCAAUGACAUACCUGGAAACAAGUGGAGCAAUUAGAAUGUUUCAGAUGUAUUUUCAGGAACUAGCUGCAGAAAUUGUGAAAGACAGACCUGCAAAUCCGUUUCACUACAUGAUGGAUACAUUGAAAGAAAAAGGAAAGAAACAUGAAUAGUUGGACAUAAAAUAUGAACAAUUUUGCUGUAUAUUAUCUAUUACUGUAAAUAUUCUAUAAUGUAUACUGUAUUUUGAACCGAUUAUUGAACAUAUUUUGUAAUCAUCAAA